AUGUCCACCCCAGAAGAAAGAGCCCGUGCGAACACACGACUGUUGGAGUCAUCUCUGAAGCCCAAGACGAUGGCAUCGUACCAGACACCUAUACGAUUGUAUGAGAUGGGGUUCGGUGAAAUAUCGCACUCCAACCCUGUUACCCCGGACAAGUUGGUAUCGUUUAUCAGAGGGCUGACGAGUAGUCGGGAGAUAAUUUCUAGCACGGUACGGAAGUACACUUCUGCAAUAAGGUCCAUCAUGAUGAUACGUACUGGCAGGGCCUUUUCUCCUGAGGGGGAUGCCUUAGUUUCCCGUGCUCUUGCCAGUGCGGAUCGUAUCCUCUUAGACAAAGCAAAAGCGAAGAAGCAGGCUGCCCCCUUGCCACAAGAAUGCUUGCAUGCUCUAACUGAGAUGCACCUCACGCCGGGCAGUUCUCGAGACCAGAUCCGAUCAGCGGUACUAGUGGCAUCCGUUUUCAUGCUUCGCUUUGACCAGAUCCCACCUCUAGUUCGUGAGGAUAUAACGUGGCAGUCGAGCGAUGAUGGACUCCUGGUAUCUGUUACCUUCCACGACACUAAGACCUCCAGUCGUGAAGAGCGACAGACUCUCUGUGCAGAGGGGAUCUUCUGCAAGAAGACGUGGUGCAUUGCACACUAUUUGGUUAAUGUAUGCCGUGGCAUCACAACUGGAGAGACUGAGCAUAUCUUCCCUAUGUUGAAGGGUUCAACUAUUGGUAGGGAGCUGCGAGCUUUCUUGAUGGCUGAAUUCCCGUCGAAAGUUCUAUCGUGGGACAUUCCGAAUAUCACUGGCCAUAGCAUGAGGCGCUCUGGAGCUUGCGCCUUACUGGCUCGUAAUGUGCCGGCCGAACAAGUUCGUGUAGCGGGUAACUGGCGUUCUCGCGCAUGGGAAGAUUACGGAUUGCCUGAGAUCAAGCGUCAAUGCAGGACUCAUGCAGCGGAGAUUCUCAGUUCCCCAGACGUUGCGCGUUGA